UUCCCAGCGGCCCCCGCGCUUCCGGCCGUCAAAAUGGUGGCGCGCAGGAGAAAGCGUGCGGCGCGGGACGCUGAGGAGGGGAUUCCGAGCCCCCCGGGCUACUCAGCUAUUCCAAUCAAGUUCUCUGAAAAACAGCAGGCUUCUCAUUAUCUCUACUUGAGAGCACACAGCGUUCGAGAAGGCACCAAGUCCACCUGGCCUCAGAAGCGUACCCUUUUUAUCCUCAAUGUGCCCCCAUACUGCACAGAGGAGUGUCUGUCCCGCCUCCUGUCCCCCUGUGGCCCCAUCCAGUCUGUGGAAUUACAGGAGAAACCGGACCUUGCUGAGAGCUCAAAAGAGCCAAAAUCGAAGUUUUUUCACCCCAACCCUGUUCUGGGGUUCCAGGUAGCCUACGUGGUGUUUCAGAAGCCGGGUGGAGUGUUAGCUGCUUUGACCCUGAAAGGCCCUUUGCUGGUCUCUACAGAGAGUCACCCUGUGAAAAGUGGCGUUCACAAGUGGAUCAGUGACUACGCAGACUCGGUGCCUGAUCCUGAGGCCUUGAGGCUUGAAGUGGACUCAUUCAUGGAGGCGUAUGACCAGAAGAUAGCUGAGGAGGAGGCUAAGGCCAAGGAGGAGGAAGGGGUCCCUGACGACGAGGGCUGGGUGAAGGUGACCCGCCGCAGUCGGCGGCCCGUGCUCCCCCGGACGGAGGCAGCCAGCCUGCGGGUGCUGGAGAGAGAGAAACAGAAACGUGCCCGCAAGGAGCUGCUCAACUUCUAUGCCUGGCAGCACCGGGAGACCAAGAUGGAGCACCUAGCUCAGCUUCGCAAGAAGUUCGAGGAGGACAAGCAGAGGAUCGAACUGAUGCGGGCCCAACGCAAAUUCCGACCCUACUGAGCCAUGCCGGCUGUGGCCCCCAUGAGAGCAGGGGUGGACGUGUGGAGCUGCAGGCCGAGAGUACGAGGGGCGGCAGGGCCUGCCGUGCGUCUCCAGGAGGCUGUACUCUGGGAGUGGGGACCAGGCUCAGGAGCCACCUGUCCCAUCUGAGUCCAUACGGGCUGGGAGUGAAGGACAGUGCCACCUCUCAGGUCUUGUGCUUUGCAGUUCUGGGGCUUAGCAUUGGCGUUGCCUUUGGGCAGUGGCUCCUCCCGUGUCCUGCCGUUAGACUCUCAAGGAAACCAGAUUAAUCUGCUCUACUCUCCACUUCCCCUCAAUGGAAAAGCCACUCCUGGCAGGGAAACCACCUCAAAGAAGGGAGAAUAUAAGAACAUUUUAUUUUUUCUCCAGUUGGGUAGCAGGGAAAGGCCCUAGCAGGCCUAACCCUAUCCCGGCUACUCCUUCCUCCAGUCACUACCAGCUUGCUGCAGACGAUUAACCACAAUACAGACAACCCCCUAAAUCCAGGCACUGUCUGUCUCUUAGGGUCACAGAUGUUAAGUCGGAAUGUCUGCCAGCCCAUGAUCUUAAGACCAGUGAGGCCUAUCCCAACCACACCUGGUCUCGUCGUGGGGCUUGUGAGCUCAGAGUCCAGGAGGCGAGUCUGGUGAGCAUGAGGUCUCUGUAGUCCCAGCCCAGAGCUACAGCUGGGCAGGAAGCCUGUAUUUGCUUUGUAAAAAGGAGCUGAUGAUACUGG